AUUUUAACAAGAAAAUUUUGUAUUUUCACAAGAUUAUAAGGAUAGUAUUUACUACUUAGCAAGGCUGUGCAUUAUGUUAAAUAUUAAAGUGGAUAUUAUUCCAAGCUAAUAAUGUCACAGACUACAUUGAUAACUUGAGUUUAGCUAUUAUUAGUGGACUGUAAAAUGUUAAAACGUUUGAUAAUUAUUUUCAGCACAUUACAUUUAAAUAUUUUAAAUUCUGAAGCCUUUGAUUUUCAAUUUCAUCCUGAUAGCCGGUUGUCUAUAACUCAGAUCUUAACAAAAUACGGCUAUCCAGUUGAAAUCCAUAACGUUAUUACUGAAGACGAUUAUAUCAUUACGGUAUUCAGAAUACCCCAUGGCAAAAAUUCCACAAAAACUCAUAAAUAUCCAGUAAUAUUGGUACCAGGAACAUGUGGUUGCUCAGAAAAUUUCAUCGGAGCAGGAAUAGACCAUGCUAUAGGUUACUUUUUAUCGGAUAGAGGAUUUGAUGUCUGGUUGACAAAUACCAGAGGAAACCUCCACGCUCAAAAGCAUAAGACGAUGGACCCUGAGAGAGAUAGAAAAUUUUGGAAUUUUGGGUGGCACGAGGUCGCUAUUUAUGACACAACAGCUCUAGUAGAUUAUAUUCUGAAUGCUACCAAAGCCUCUCAAGCAUUUUAUAUCGGGCAUUCACAAGGUACCACUUCUUAUUUUGCAUGGCUUGCAGAGAAACCAGAGUACAAUGAAAAAAUUAAAUUGGCAGUUCAUCUUGGUCCAAGUGUUAUAUAUACAAACGUAAGGAGCCCUGUUGCUGUUAUGGGAAAGCAUGCAAGUUUGAUUGAGAAAAUAACGAAAGCAUUCGGUUUACAUUAUUUGUUUCCAAGACCAAUCACUAUGUUCCUGAAUUUUCUAGUUAGAACAUUAUGUGCAGAGAUGACAGUAUUCGUGGAUUUGUGUUAUUUGAUCAUCUAUUUUGGGGCUUAUUCUAAAACUAAUUUCGUAGAACCAAAAAAUGUUCAAGUGCUUCUUCAGACUUUUCCUGCCGGAUGUUCAGUGAAGGAAUUAUUACAUUAUUUUCAAAUUAUACAUUCAGGUUCAUUUACCAAAUAUGAUUACGGGGCUAAAGGAAAUAUGAAGAAAUAUGGAACAUAUACACCACCGUUGUAUAAUCUUUCUAAUAUAUUAGCUCCUGUAAGUUUAUUUGUAGCACACGGAGAUAACGUAGUGCCCUGGGAAGGAGUACGUGAUUUUAUCACCAUGUUACCAAAUAUUGACUCCGUAUUUGACAUUCCAAUAGAAUCGUUUAACCAUGUGGACUACAUUUUCAGUAACAUUACCACACAAUACGUCAAUGAACCAGUUUACCAAUUGUUUAUGAAACAUUUACAGAAUAAAAAGACUUAAAUACUUAUAAUUGAUAUUUCUAAAAUACCUAAUGCCUUAUACAGCAGAGUUCCGCUAAUCCGAACUUCGGUAAUCCGAAAAUCCGCUUAAACCGAAUCAGAAUUUGGUAAUAGAUUUGAGGAAAAUAAAUGUGCGGUGACUCUAAGAACCUCUACUUUAUAAUAUAUCUAAAAAUGACAAUAAAAUAUUAUUUCAAGUACUGAACUGUAAUAAACCUUUUUAAAUUU